CCUUGAAAAUUUCCCCAGAUUUUUCAAUAAUCGAGACCAUAGAUUGCAAAUGCAUCGCUUAAGCUCUACGUUUCUUCGAUUCAAUUGUUCUAAACCACGAAAUGCUGUUAAAAUAAUCAAAAUUUGAUGGAUGAUUGUCAUUUGUGCAUGAGGGAAAUUUUGUGUUAAUAAUGUCGUGGGGAUUAGGUUGGAAGAGGCCAUCUGAUGUGUUUCAUCUGUCUUUGUAUUAUGGUACGGAGGAAGCGUUAGAUGAUCAAAAUCGUUCUUCAUCGCCACCACCUUCUUCGGGAUCAUCGUCGGAGUCAUCGUCAAAAGACAACCAUAUUUGUAACGAUCAAGAGUUAGGGUUUCGAAUCGAUCUCGAUUGGAAUGCCGGCGAUGACGAUGUUCAGGUUGCGUUGAGGCUUCAGUCUCAGGUCAUGGUAGCCUUGCCGUUGCCGCAGGAUACGGUGGUCAUCAAUUUGUGGCAAUGUGAUGAUUCCAGUGAGUCGGGUCACUUCGGAGAUGGCGUUGGAAAUUUGGUGGGUGUGCGCAUGAAGGUUGUGAAGCAGAGGGAUCCACUCAAGGCAGUGGCCAUGUCACGAGUUGGAGGUUCUAGCCAGCAGUAUGAUGGGAUGGGUGUCCUUACUAAGUUGCUGAAAUCGGAUUUUGCAGCUGAGUCUGGUUCCGGUGCGGGUAAUGCUGGUGGGUUGGGAAUGAGAAUUUGUGCUGAUCAUUGGAUGAACGUUACUGUUGUCAGCGUCUAUAGUUGUGGUUUGUCUAUGUUUCCAGUAGAGUUGACUAAACUGCCACUUCUUGAGAAGCUAUUUCUUGAUAACAAUAAGCUAUCAAAUUUGCCCUCUGAACUUGGUGAUUUGAAAAACCUUAAAGUGCUCACGGUGGACUACAACAUAUUGAUUUCAGUACCAGUUGAACUCAGGCGGUGCGUUGGACUCGUGGAAUUAUCAGUUGAACACAAUAAGCUAGUCUGUCCUCUUCUUGAUUUCAGGGCUAUGGCCGAGUUACGUGUUCUUAGGCUAUUUGGUAAUCCACUUGAAUUUCUUCCUGAAAUUUUGCCUUUGCACCAACUCCGCCACCUUUCUCUUGCAAACAUUCGGAUCGUUGCAGAUGACCAUCUAAGAUCAGUGAAUGUGCAAAUAGAGAUGGAGAAUAGUUCUUACUUUGUUACUUCGCGACACAAGCUGAGUGCAUUUUUUGCCCUUAUAUUUCGUUUUUCUUCGUGCCACCAUCCUUUGCUCGCAUCUGCCCUUGCAAAGAUGAUGCAAGAUGAAGGAAACCGUGUAGUUAUUGGUAAAGAUGAAAAUGCCGUACGACAGCUGAUAAGCAUGAUAAGUAGUGAAAAUCAGCAUGUGGUUGAGCAAGCUGGUUCUGCACUCACUUCUCUUGCCUCAGAUGUAUCUGUUUCACUUCAGUUGAUGAAAUGUGACAUCAUGCAACCCAUUCAAAGAGUUAUGAAAUCUGUUGGUCCUCAAGAACUGAAAUCUGUUCUGCAAAUUGUGGCAAAGUUGGGGUUCGUCUCUGAUACAGUGGCCCAAAAAAUGAUGAACAAGGAUGUGAUGAGAUCAUUAAAAUUAUUGUGUGCACAUAAAGAUCCAGAGGUACAACGGUCCGCAUUACUAGCUAUUGGGAACCUGGCCUUUUGUGUAGAGAACCGCCGAAUUCUUGUUGCUUCUGAAAGUUUGAGAGAUCUACUUUUGCGGCUUACGGUUGCAUCUGAGUUACGCGUGAGGAAAGCUGCAGCUCGUGUUCUGGCAAUUCUUGUACAUGUCACAAUAGGGGAGAACGAGAGUCUGCGGCGUUUUAUCAAAGGAAGGCAGGUACCAAAACAAGGACUCCGGAUACUUACAAUGGAUGGAGGUGGGAUGAAAGGUCUUGCUACUGUACAAAUUCUUAAGGAAAUUGAAAAGGGUACUGGGAAGCAGAUACAUGAGAUGUUUGACCUUAUUUGUGGCACUUCAACUGGUGGCAUGCUUGCGGUUGCUCUGGGAAUAAAACUCAUGUCCUUAGAAAAAUGUGAAGAAAUGUAUAAAAAUCUUGGAAAACUUGUUUUUGCGGAACCCGUUCCAAAGGAUAAUGAAGCAGCAACUUGGAGAGAGAAGUUUGAUCAACUUUACAAAAGUUCUUCACAAAGUUUUAGAGUUGUUGUGCAUGGAUCUAAACACUGUGCUGAUGAGUUUGAGAGAUUGUUGAAAGAGAUAUGUGCAGAAGAGGAUGGAGAUCUCUUGAUAGACUCGGCGGUGAAAAAGAUUCCGAAAGUUAUUGUAGUAUCAACUUUAGUGAGUGUGUCACCAGCUCAGCCGUAUAUAUUUCGUAAUUAUCAGUACCCUUCUGGCACACUAGAAGCUCCUUUGACAAUUUCAGAAAGUUUAGCAACCAGUGGGUCAGUAGCUUCAACUACCAGUGCUGAAAUUAGAUACAAACGUGGUGCUUAUAUGGGAAGUUGUAGACAUCAUAUAUGGCAAGCUAUACGAGCAUCAUCUGCAGCUCCAUAUUAUCUCGAUGAUUACUCUGAUGGUGAAUUUCGGUGGCAAGAUGGUGCUAUUGUUGCAAACAAUCCUACUGUAUUUGCAAUACGAGAAGCACAACUCUUAUGGCCAGAUGCAAAAAUUGACACCUUAGUUUCAAUUGGUUGCUGUUCCGUUCCGAUUAAGGUUCGAAGAGGUGGGUGGCGUUAUUUGGACACUGGCCAAGUGCUGGUUGAGAGUGCAUGCUCAAUUGAGCGGGUUGAGGAUAUGUUAAGCACAUUGCUCUCCAUGAUUCCUGAGAUCCAGUAUUUUCGGUUUAAUCCAGUUGAUGAACGUUGUGAUAUGGAGUUGGAUGAGACUGAUCCCACAAUAUGGCUUAAGUUGGAGGCAGCCACUAACGAUUAUAUCCAGAAAAAUUCUAUGGCUUUUAAAAAUGUGAGUGAGAAAUUGCUGCAGAACCAUAAUGAUGACAAAUUGGCUGUGAAUCUACACUCUCAGCAGUCCUUCAAGGCAAAGCGUCCAAAUACCGCAACAUGUGAAAAUGGACCCUCUUUAGGUUGGAGGCGCAACGUGCUACUAGUGAAGGCCUCUAAUAGUCCAGAUCCUCGAAGAAAUGUUAACCAUGUUCAAUCACUUGAGAGAUUUUGUUGUGGCAAUGGAAUAAGAAUAUCUCUUGUGGAUGCGACAUCAGGAACACUUAAGCCAGUACCGGGAACAUCAUUUCCUUCCCCAUUUUCAUCACCAUUGCUCUCCGGAAGCUUCCCAUCAAGCCCACUUUGUGAUCUAGCGACUCAUAGGACUGGCAGAACUGAUAUAAUACCACAUUUAAGUCUGGAUGGGAACUAUACUGCAAAAUAUCCCUCCCCCCCAGAAUCGCCAACAGCACCUAGACAGCUUUCAACGCCUAUUCGGUUGUUGCACGAGAAGUUACAAAAUUCACCACGGGUUGGAGUUGUGCACUUAGCUCUUCAAAAUGAUACAAGUGGCUCAGUAUUGAGUUGGCAAAAUGAUGUUUACGUGAUCGCUGAACCGAGUGAACUUGCAGAGAAGUUUCUGCAAAAUGUGAAAUAUAACUUUCUGUCAAUGUUGAGAGGCCGGCGUAGGAGAUACAUGUCAGAGAUUUCAAACAUCUCUACUGUUGCUGAUUUGGUUGCUUGUAGGCCAUGCUUCCAGAUUGGAGUUGUUGUACAUCGGUACAUAGGACGCCAAACGCAGGUCAUUGAAGAGGAUCAAGAAAUUGCAGCUUACAUGUUUCACAGGACAGUUCCAUUUAUGCACUUGAGUCCUGCGGAUGUACGUUGGAUGGUUGGUGGUUGGAGGGAUCGAAUCAUAAUAUACACCGGUUUAUAUGGCCCAUCGCCAUCUCUAAUAAAGGCAUUCUUAGACUCAGGUGCUAAAGCUGUUAUAUGCCCUUCAGCCGAUCCCCAUGAAACACAGUUAACAUCAUUCCAUGGAUCUUGCGAGACAAAUGAAGCGGAUAGCGCGAAAUUUGAGAUCGGAGUGGAUGAAGUCGAAGAUGAAGAUGUGGGGGCCACGAGCCCCAUGAGCGAUUGGGAAGAUAUUGAAACAACUCCAGGUGCAGAUCGAGGGAUGCUGAUUUGGGAUGACGAUGAUGAGGAAGAGCUCGCGAAAUUCAUCCGUCAACUGUAUGAUUUGAUACACUUGGGGGGAGCUAGAGUUGAUGUUGCUUUACAACAAGCGCUUGCUGCUCAUCGAACAAUGAGGUACUCGUGUCAUCUCCCUCGAAUGCUUUGAUUCAAUCUUGUAAAUCGAAAACCACAAAUUAUGAGUAUAUUCACAAAUGAAUAUGAAAGAAAAACCGAGAGAAUACAGAUGAAGUAGUAAAACUAAGAGGUAUAUAUAUAACCUUACAUGAUGUUUAUAUAUGUUAUAUGUCGAAAUAAA